CUGUGUAUGUUGAUUUGUUUUAAUGGUCUCACUUGAUAAUUUGAUUUGUGCACGGCACCAACGUGAGUUUAGUCAUUUCUUCGGUCAGUCGGUCUGCAUUCAUAAAUGUAAUGACUACGUUAAACUGUUGCGUUUUCCAAUAGAUUGUUCGAGUUGUAUCUUGUAAAUAAAUAUUCCAUUCUAGCUUAGACGACUUUUUAUUGUUCGAUAUAUAGAGGUAAUGUUUUCAAUUGUACUUUGUAGAAUCAAUGUGGAUACCUCCAGUUUGUGAUAACCCUCCACCUCUUAAUAUUGAAGAAGAGCUACUUCCUUUAACACUUGGGACCAAAACGCCUACUGUUUCUGCAUCCAGUAGUUCAAGUAGUGACCUUAAAAAGAACUCACAAAAUCAGACAGCGAAUAUCAGAUUUCAGUUCUAUCCUGUCCCGGUAAUCAGUAGUUUACUUGUUUUCUAUUUGUUCUGUUGUGAACGUGUUGCUGAGAUUGACCUUUUGCGAGUUGAUAUGUGUGAAAUGAUUUAAUGAUUCAAUUCAGUCAGGUGACUUGACUCUCAGUUGAGUCAUCUGUAUGGAGACGUAUCACUUUCAAGUGGGAACUCAGUGUUUAAUACAGAAGGACUAGUUUGUAAAUUUAUCUACUAUUAAGUAGUCUUAUGGCUGCUCAGUAACUGUUGGUUUGGAUUAAAUUGCACGAUUAUCCGUGUGGUUUAGAGUUGACGGCAUUCAUGAAAUUCACUAUAGAAUAUUUAGAAAUCAAGGCGUUCAGUCGGUAGAUUAAGAACCUGGAUUAACGACCCUAUUGAACAGCUAUAUGAAAACGUAGAUUUCGUCGUGAGUUGGGAAAGUGUUACGUGAACAUGACUAUAUUUUCAAUGGGAAUUAUGUGGAAGGCUUCUGACCAUUGUUUUGCCACCCAAGAUGAUUGGGACUUUGUGUUCAGUGAUUUCGUCUCUCCAACCAGCAUGUCACAUUUCUCAAGAAAGGAUUUGAUAG